AUGGAUCGUCCCAACAAAGCAAUCUACCUCUACCAAACCUCCAAGGGAAACCAUGAGAUCCGCACCAUCCAAGAUCCCUACGUACCGAAGGAUGCGCAGUCGCUAGUUGAUGUGCAUUACUCGGGCAUCAACCCAGCUGACACGCGCCACGUCUACAUGGACAUGUCAAACUACGUGGCUGGCUACGAGUUUGCCGGAACCGUCAAACAAGUCGGCCCCAAGUCGCCAUUCAAGAUUGGCCAGGAGAUCUUCGGUAUCUCCGUCCCGUACAACAAUCGGCCGAACUACCUGGGGGCGCACCAAAGCUUUCUUCUUGCUGAGGAUUUCAUGACAUUUGCGCGGCCUGAUCAUCUUGAUCCGGUUACAGCAGCUACACUUCUCGCUGGCGGCGGAACAGCUAUGGACGGGCUUCUCAAUGUCUUAGGUUAUGGAUUUGCACCUGCUGGUAUUCCUGGCGAUGAUCCUAGGAAUGUGCCGAUUCUUAUCUGGGGCGGUGCAGGUGGUGUCGGACAAGCUGCUGUUCAGCUUGCCAAAGCAGCCGGUUUCUUUCCCAUCAUCACUACUGCGUCUCAGAAGAACCAUGAUGCGAUAAAACAGCUUGGAGCAAGUCAUGUCUUUGACUAUAAAAGCCCAUCGGUCGUGCAAGAUAUUCGUGACCUGCUCAAGUCCGAAGGCUGGAGUUUGAAGACUGUUUUUGAUGCCGUAUCUACAGGCCUGGGUGUCUUCGACGGUCUGACUGAAGAGCAAGAGAAAGCCAUCCAGGAGAAGUACGACCUGAGUUCUUCAUCCAUGGCUCGUCAAUGUUGCGACCCCGACGUCCCGAGUAGCGACCUCCGGCUUACUUCUGUCCUACCUGUGAAGAUGGAUCCCAAUUAUGUCUUCUGUCUCAACUUUCGUCCUGUGGAGAUCCUGGAAAUCGGAGGUGAAGUGACCAAAGAUGCCAAGGAGCAAGAGAUGGCCAAAUGGAAAGAGUGGCAGCCAAGGAUUGAGAAGUGUAUUGAGUGGUUGAUUCAAAAUCAUGUGAAGUACUGGCAGCCACCUAGAACGAAGGUGGUCAAGGGUGUUGAGGAGGGAUUGCAGGGGAUUCAGGAUGUUUGGCAAGGAAAGAUGAGUCGUGAAAAGCUUGUUAUUGAUCACCGUGUUUAA